AUGUCCAUUCCCGGCACCCCUGGCUGGAACGAUCCACCAGCGCUUGCUCUUGGCGUCUCCGACAGCGCGGCAUCAUCACGGCGCCUCCGUCCGCGAGUAUUUCAUUCUGUCGAUGGCGUAGGGGCCGCCGGUUCCUCUGUGACAAGCGCAGUCCACCCCAGUUCUGGUCUAGUACCUCCAAUCUUACCCCAUGGCCCGCUACUCCCUGAUGGGCAGCCCUUUGUGCCGCAAACAUCGCUUCAUGUUUCUCUGGCGUCCCAACAGCAGCAGGUGCCAUCUUUGCAGCCACAGCAAAACUAUGACACUGCCUCCACACUCUCUCGUCUGUCCGCCCAGGUUACUAAGGUUCUGGGAGAUUCGUCUUUGGAGAUCCCAGGGAAGAACGCAAUUUUGGCCUCAAUAUCUUCUCUUCAUUUGGACAUCUCUCUAAAUCGGCUAUCGGCGGGCGCUAAUGAGCUUGUGAAGCAAUUCAUUUCAUUCCUUGAGGUUAAGGAUUUCAAGCAAGCCGAGGACACUCUCAAUGUAAUUAAGCAUCAAUCAGAGGACAUGAAUCUCAUCACUUGUUCUUUUGGCGCUAAGCUCAGGCUCGAAACUCUGAUCCUCUUUUUCUACUCUAGACUGCUUAAUUGUUGCGGUGAAUUGGGCAGCGGCCUUGCAUCACCUCCUGUACUAUGCCCACAUACAAGCCUUGAGACAAUGAUCCACACCGCGACCUUCACACCCAGUGUACCUCAAUCCCAUGAAUGA